UUGAUGCCUGCAGGAUGGGGAACAGUAGCAGUGACCGAGGCAGUGGAGGUCAGGGUGAAAGGUCAUACAGAGAUACACAACAAGGGGGCAAAGAGACGUGUGCCAAAAUUCUGAUGGACAGCUCAGAGGAUGCAGACCUUUUCCAGAGAGAUGAUUCAAAGGUUCCACAGGAGGUACAAGACUUUCUGUCCUGGCAGCAGGACAUGGAGACUGAUGGGAAAGGUCUAGCCCAGGCCAGACCCACUGUGUUCAGGUGGUCUGGAGCAGCCAAGGAAGUCUAUGUGUCCGGCUCUUUUAACAACUGGGCCACCAAGAUCCCGCUCAACAGAAGUCAGAACAAUUUUGUGGCUAUCGUGGACCUGCCGGAGGGAGAGCACCAGUAUAAGUUUUGUGUGGAUGGCCAGUGGCUUCUGGAUCCUACUGGAGGUGUUGUGACGUCCAAAACUGGAACCAUUAAUAAUGUCAUCCAGGUGCAAAGGACUGACUUUGAGGUGUUUGAUGCCCUCAAGAUCGACUCAAAGGAUUCUGCCGACAUCUCAGACUUGUCCAGUUCUCCUCCUGGUCCUUACCAACAGGAAGCAUAUGUAAUCAAGUCUGAUGAAAGGGUUAAAACCCCUCCCUUCCUACCUCCUCACCUGCUGCAAGUGCUGCUCAACAAAGACACCAGUGUCUCUUGUGACCCAACACUGCUUCCAGAACCUAAUCAUGUGAUGCUCAACCACCUAUACGCCCUCUCCAUCAAGGAUGGAGUGAUGGUUCUCAGUGCAACACAUCGAUAUAAAAAGAAGUACGUGACCACUCUGCUGUACAAACCCGUGUAGUCCAGAGACACCGGUGGGACACCACCUGGCGGAGGGACACCACCUGCUCUGACAUGAUGCACAUUAACAGUUUCUAAUGGUUCUUUGGCUCAUUAAAUAAAGGGGAAAUUCUUCUGUGGAAUUACGGAGCUGCUGCCUGUAUUUUAUGAAGAUGAUGUCAGUCGGGUUCCAAAUAUUUUUAAUAUGUAUUUGUUGUGUGCUUCACGAUGAUGUCAUAUGACAUUUGAUGUUCUAUGUUUGAAGUGAUCCAGAUGGUUAAUUAAAAGAAAAGUCUUCUGGUUAUUUUUUUUUAAAGGGACUGUUUCUUAAAAACGAUCCACAGGCUGCUGGAAUCCUACCGCAGAAGCAGCGUUCUGUUUAAAAUGUCGUUUUCUUUAACGUUGGACCUUUGACCUUUUCUGUGAACUUGUUAUAGUCCAAUAAAUGCAGCAUGAGGAAGAAAACCGCU